GUGGAUAUGGAAAACUCCUAUCUCUGUGGAUACUUGAAGAUUAAAGGCCUUACAGAGGAGUACCCAACCCUCACCACUUUCUUUGAAGGGGAAAUAAUCAGUAAAAAGCACCCUUUCUUAACACGCAAGUGGGAUGCUGAUGAAGAUGUGGAUCGUAAACACUGGGGAAAGUUCCAGGCUUUUUACCAGUAUGCAAAAACAUUUAACUCUGAUGACUUUGAUUAUGAGGAUCUGAAAAAUGGGGACUAUGUCUUCAUGAGAUGGAAGGAACAGUUCCUAGUCCCAGAUCACACUAUCAAAGACAUCAGCGGUGCUUCCUUUGCUGGUUUCUAUUACAUCUGCUUCCAGAAGUCAGCAGCAUCUAUAGAGGGCUAUUACUACCAUAGGAGUUCAGAAUGGUAUCAGUCAUUGAAUUUAACUCACGUUCCUGAGCACAGCGCUCCUAUCUACGAAUUCCGAUGACAGCUGUCCAGAACUGAUACCGCACAGAAGCAAACCGGGCAGGAGAGCAUGGCCUGCCAGGAGAACUGUGUCCCUGUCGGAGCACGGGAAUGCACGCUUCUCUCCUGCCCCUCGGACUCGCGAGAGAGAGCCUGAAUGUUAACCCACCCAGCCCAAGGAGCGUGGCUGCUGGAGCUUGAUUCUCCCUCCUGUCGAGUGGCGAUUUGAUCUUUAAUCUGGUUUUAAGCUACCUUUAAAUGCACUUUCUUAUUGCACAGCUAGUUUCUCUAUCACUGAAGUUCCUCCCGGCUCUCCUCUGGAAGCUGUUUCUCAGUAGCUGGAAUCAGUGGUCUGUCCUCUGAGUAAUAAGAAAAUAUAAGCUCAGUGCUUAUAUUUUCAUUGUUACAACCUGAUAUGGGUUGGAAUCGCCAGGACUCAGGUUUGUUGCCCAGAUGGCCAGCUCUGAUGCUCCCAGAGCCGGGUCCUGUGUGUGAGGCUCUGCUUGGCAGAGCGCUGCUCAGCUGCGGAGUCUGUUGGGCGAGUGUUGGUGGAGACAGAUGAGGCUUGAAUGAGUCUUUGCUUCACGCUGGCUAACGAGGUUAGCUGGAGCUGCAGAUCUUUCAGGAACGCUGGCCCUUGGGAGCUGGGAGCUGUUCCGGUGUCUGGAUACGCCACUGGGAAUUAAUUUGAUGUACGGACUUCCAGGCUCUCAGUAAAGUGGAUCUGAACUCUGCUUAUAGGUGUAUAUUUGCUCUUUACUUAAGUUAAGGGUAAAAAAGAAAAAAGAAAAAAAAAAAAGAAAAAAAAAAAAGGAAAAAAAGACUUUUAUUAAAAAAAUAUUUUUAUGGUUCCUUUUCUGAAGGACCCUAUGGCAAAUGCACAAGUACUCGAUUACAUUUUACCGUUUUCACAUUGAAAACUGGGAAUGUCUGCAUUAGGUUUUUAUAUCCGUGUAUGUAAUCAGCUAGCUGCUUUGGAAAAGUAAUUGGAGUGCAAGCGGUGAGCAGCGUUGCAGGGACAGCUCUGGGACUGUUCAGCAUUUGCACUCGCUCUUCAUGCUUCACCAACACCACUGCUUGAUACCUUUUUACAAG